GAAUUGUAAGUAUUCAGAACACGUGGGAAAAUAACAAGUAGUGUUUUUAUCAAGUUGGUCAUUAUAAUUCAUCUGACAGUACAUCAGCUAAGCACGAUUGUGUACGGAGCGGUAAAGUAUGGCUGUACAGGACAAAGGAGACGGUAAAGGGGACUGUCUAAGACAACAGGAAACUUCAUUUUUCAAAACUGCUUUACAGUAUGAGGAUUAUAAAAGUGGACAAUUAAAAAGAUCAAGUGAUGUCAAAACAUUGACCGGAAGGGAGUCAGAAUCUUCUUGGGAUCCCAAAACUUCUACCACAACAAAGUCUGAUCUGACAAGGGAUACCAAACAACUGACUGUACCAAAGGCAGAUUCAGAACAAAACACACAAGCUAUGCUAAAUAGAAUAGCAGCACACAUUCGCGUUCAAUCUCCAAUAUUAGCAAGUGCGGUUAAACCUGAAGGCAAAUCCCUGGAAACACAUGCUUCACCCCAACCAAAUAGAAUGUUGUCACUCAUGCGUAGAGACAAAUCAACAUCAUCACAGGAAGGAGACAGCAAUCCGGGGAACAUGUUUCAUCUCAUUAAACUACGAAAUAUCGCUCGAAACGUAAAGAAUAUACAACAUGAUAGACAGAAACGCCUGGAGAAUACAGGAAACGUGACACUUGUACGACAAAUUCAGAAAAUUCAAUUAUAAAGAAGCUGAAGAAAUCAUGAAGUCCGUCUUGGAGGGUUCAUUAAAGCACGUUGUUUACGAGCCCAAACGAUGCAAGGUUCUUUCACUUCAUCUCAGUGACGAGAUCAGAAACACUGUUAAACGCCUCAAGUUUCCCAGGUACAAAUUCGUAUCCUUCGUUACCAUCGGCCAAAAAGGGGAUCAAGAUGUUGUCGUUGCCAGCAGGUGCAUGUGGAAUACAGACGAUGAUAGCUAUGCUAGUGUACGGUUUGAAAACAAGACACUCUUUGCUAAUGCCGUUGUGUUUGCUUUGCUUUAUGAAUGAUGAAUGUCAUAUAUCAUUACUAUGUAAUACGUAGAUAUGUACAUAUAUACAGAUACUUCAAGCAUAUAUUGCUGAUUUCAAUUAAACAUAUAUUUCGUAAAUUGAAACACGAUAAAUUGUUACAUUAUAUAUUUCGUUGCUUUAUCGCCCAUAUAUUCCCAGUCCCUAAAUUGCGAUGGUGAACGCACUUAUAAGGAUAAGGAAAUAUCCUCACUGUAUCAUAAAUAUUUUCUGAGUGCAUUUUGUUGUGAUAUAAAAUUGAUAACAUUUCUAAUUCAGUAAUUUUAAUUUACCUUUUUAAACCUUCCAACUUAAAACACUAAGUUGUAAACUGUUUUCAUUUGUUUUAUUAAAAUCAAUAAAAGUAAUUUAAAAGAUACAGAACAGGAACGAUGGGGAAUUCUUGUCAAUUGCAAUUUAUCAAUACAUUACAUUCGUUGGUCUGAUACAGACUGUUUAAUUCGAAGUAUUUCUCUAUAUCAAAUAAUACAAUGGGUGAUUGGAGGCGAUCGAUUCGGUUAAUGGUUGUACAAUGUGGCGCCAGUCUUCAUCAUCGUUUAUUUCGCGUACAACAUUUUCCCGUGUCUUAAUGUUAUUUCAAGGAUGGAAUUUUCGCGACCACGCCCACGGCCCGUGAAAUGGCGAAAAUAUCCUGUAAAAAUAACCGGCUUUACGGUAUCAACUCUGAAAUUCGCGUACACUGAUAAUAUUGACAUCAGGAGUUUUCAGAUAUUUGCUUUUACAAAAAAGUUCAAAUCAUCAAAAUAUAACCGAAGAAAACUAUAAUAUUUAACCCAAAAUAUUAUUAAUCUAAUUGAAAACAAGAAGAAAGAAAAUUGAUCCAAACAAAUGUUAAAAUAUUGACGGAUGCACUAAACCUCUAAACAACCAGAGAUUCACAGCAACCCGUUAGACGUUUUGAUACGCGAGUCAUAUUUGAUUUGCAAAAUUAUCACAACAUGACAGCUUAAUUGUUAUCUUAUGAAAUAUAUUCGACUAUCACUCAAUGAUUAUUCCAUAAAAAGAAUCGUAUUGGCAAUGGCAACACGAGUCCCGACCGAGAAAUUUGCUACAAAAGAUGUCCUUUACAAUAGCAGCACGAGUUAUGUAAACUUAUAUAAAUAAAGUUUGUUGGCCCGGAGGGAAACUCACGAGGGGGUCAUACUGUCGGGGGAAACGACAGUACCAUAAGAAAAAUAAAUACGGUCGCCUAGGUGAAAGGCGGGUGUGUGUUAUUAUUGUGUCACUGGAUCACCAAAUUUGCAACUGUUAUGGGAAUCAACAUAUAAAUUCGCUAUGUUCUGCUAUGUUUACAUCUGUAAGACACAUCAUUAUUUUUCUGGAUCUGAAUAAACUGUAAUAUCUACCACUAUAAGACAUUAUAUGACCUUACGAUUUGUAGGUGCACGUUACCAACAUAUAACUGCCAACUGGCGUAAAAGUAUAGCAGAAAAUAAUAUCUGCGGCCUCCACACAAUACAAGAAUGUAAUAUAAACCUUCUGCCGUAUAACAUUCAAUUUGGCAAGUGUAAUUUGUAUUAUCCUAAUGUUUAUAUGUAUUAAAUAUUAGCAUUUUCGUGAUUAUUCUUGUCGUCUAUGAUAUCAUUCGAUGCAGUAUGUUUAAAGGGGAAGUACAAAGGUAGGCGAUUGACAGGACUCGUGAACGAUAAAGAUGGGAACAUUUUAAUUCCGUUAAUUUAUAAGAGUUUAAAUAUAAGCAUUGCACUUGCUAGCGCGCUUCAUUCAAUUGCGUUUGUCGAGUUGACAUUCAUAAGUCCAGGAAUGCCAAAUGAAAGCAGUUCAAUCUUAGCAGUACAACUAGUUAUGGGAGAUACUUUUUUGUUGCUGUUGCUUUAAAAGGUUAUCUUAUAACAGCUGUCCUUUCCUAUCGGUGUCUCCAGAAUUAAGAACGUGUUUACAGUUCACAGUUCCAGGUAAUUAAUAAUCCAACCGAUUUCACAAAGCUCUCCUUGGCAAUUGUAAUCCAGUUCUUGGUAUCCAUAUAUCUCUCAUUGAUAUUUGUAAACCGGUUCUUGGUAUCCAUAUAGCUCUCAUUGAUAAUUGUAAACCAGUUCUUAGUAUCAAGCAAUUAAUAAUCCAACUGAAAUCACAUAUCUCUCCUUGAUAAUUGUAAACCAGUUCUUAGUAUCAAGCAAUUAAUAAUCCAACUGAAUUCGUAUAGCUCUCCUUGACAAUUGUAAACCAGUUCUUAGUAUCAAUUGAUCGCUCACUUGACGUUCAAAUAAUGUGAAAUCUAUAUAAAAUCAAAGAUUUAAUAGCAUAUAAGAUCACACAAGUAUUUGAAAGACAGAAACCCUGAUAUUAAUUAGGGCUUUUUACACAUGUAAUCCUACGUCAUUUUAUUUUUAGUAGGAGUGAAUAGAGUUGCUUUUCUUUAUCUCAAAACCAUUCUUUUUAUUCUCGUAUAUAAAAAAAAGAACUCAUUUCAUAUGUUAUUUACUCAGGAAAACAGCUACAAACCUAAGAAACACAUUUUCUUCAGCGACUUGGUUCUAGUGAAUAAGUAGCUGAUUGCCUGAAUUUGCUGUGUGAGACCUUAGUUACUUUGGUUUGACCACUACAACUAGACUUCAACUGCGCAUGCGUCGCCAUUUGAAAGCAUGGUAGUGAAUGGAUGUUGUUUAUAGGCAUAUGUAUUCACAGUCUAAAUAAAGCAAAUACAUGUAGUUGAUUAUCGAAUUCGUACCUUAUACGAUAAUGUACGUCAUAUCCGGUCUUUAAACACACAUGAAAUAAAACUGUUCUCUUUUC